AUGGUGGGCGACAUUAAUGUUUGGUGUGACCAGAUGUACACCACGGUGAGCUCACAUUUCAGGUGGGACGAGUCCAGGACCACCCUGCUGAACGUGAUGGCCACAAAGGGCCUGGUUGAUGUGUGGAGGGAGAGGAAUCCUGGCAAGAGGGAGUACUCCAGGCGGCAGGUCGUCAUGGGAAAGAUGCGCCAGAGCCGAAUCGACCUGUGCCACGCAACGAGGGAGACGACACGCUACUUGAAAAAGUGCUGGCAUGGUGUGUGGAAUAGGUAUGGGAGGAGGAAGAAAGGGAUCCUACCAAAAGACUCCAGGUCAUGUGACAAGAUGGUGUAAUGAACACACAGCUGUGCGAAUCACCUCAAGAUAAAAACGUAAUAUUUAAUAUCAGCAAGUUAGACUAAAUAUUAGCACUUCAUAUACUCGUGGGUAAUAACAUUCAAUCUGGAUAAUAACACAAAAUAAAUCAUAAGGCUAGAGAAAUUUAUCGACAAAUAUUACAACAACAAGCAACACUCAAACAUGAUGGAGAGAAAACGCGACUCCUCGACGGAUACAGAUGAUUUAUGCUUUUCACCACUGGGACUGGUAAGUGUGGAAAGCGAUCUGUUGAAGUCGAUAAAUGACAAACUGGGCAUACUGGAGUUGGUCAGUAAGGAUGUAAAGGAGUUGAAGGCGAGUCUUGAAAUGACUGACGAAAAAGCUGCGAUAAUGGAGAAAGCUAAAAGGGACAGUCACUAAGAUAGAAACGGACGUUAAAAAGGAGAACAACUUUCUGAGAGAAGCCUUACUAGACAUACAGACUAGAUCGAUGAGAGAAAAUCUAGUACUUACGGGUAUCCAAGAAAAAGAAGGAGAGGUUACCGAGAAAAUAGUGGACUUCUUUCUUACGGCACUUCAAAUCCCACUCGAUGCUGUCGAUAAAAUCCAACUCGAACAUGUACACUGUUUCGGACAAAGAGGACAGAGAUAUGAGCGUCCAAUCAUUCCCAAAUGUACUUUCUUUAAGGAUAAAGUAAUGGUUAAAAGCCUAGGUAAAAGACUUGCUGGCACAAAAAAAGGCAUGAAUGAUCAGUUCCCGCGGGAGAUUGCAGAAUGGCGCAAAGUUCUGUACCCAAUAUUCAAGGAAAAUAGAUUAAAAGGGAAGCGCGUUGCUCUCGUAGUCGAUAAACUGUAUAUUGACAACCAAAUGUUCCGCGACACAAGGACUACUCCAUGGUUAUUCUGAAAGUUCUAAUAGAGGAGUUGAAUAAUGGAACAUCCAAUACUAGCCAUGGUAGAGAUUGUAAUAAUAAAACACAUUUAUAGUAUUUAUAGUAUUCUAUAAAGGGACAAGGCGGCAUUACAAGAAAGGAUAACGAGCUAAAUACUACAUCUUCAAACAUAACUCAUUAGAACACAAAAGUACUCAAUCAACAUAGUGGAGAUAAAAACACAGAAAACAGAAGACAUAGAAGGCACAGUAUGUGGGUAUGUGUGGCAGUAUUGUGAUGGAAGGUGUGGUGUGUGUUUUUGUGUUUGGAAAAGUGUGGCGUUAAGUGAGUGAGAAAGGAAAUGGUUGCAUAUCCCAGAACCAACGUGUGUCUGUGAGCAGGGGUUGUGAGAGAGACCUUUCAAUUUUGGGCAGAUGAGGGAUAUACAUUUUAAAAUAAAGUAUACAUUGAAUUUAUUUUUUAUUGUCCUAUCAUGUUGGAACAGUCCCCAACCCAUAUCCUAGACACCCACCUGAGCGACCCAUACACCAAAGAGAAGUCCCCAUCUGUAUUAUGGCCCUGUAAGUUGCCUAUAUGCAGCCAAAACAGAGAGAUAAAUGCGGUCAGAGACCUACUAGAGCAACAACACCCCCUCAAGAUUCUGAGCCUGCCUGGCAGGGUUGGUCCUACAAAGCCAGAGCCCCCUGAUUGGAGAGCAUAAUAUACAUAUAAAUUCUCAAAGCUGCUAAUGAGAACCUUGACGACCUUGUACCUAGCCGGUAGGAAUUCCGGUGGGGUACCCUCACCCAGGUAGUGGCAGUGCUGGCAACAUUGGCUGCAGUAACCCAUGGGGAGGGGGUCACACUGGGACAAUCAGAGAGGGGGCAUAUUAUUGUGGCCCUAGUGGCACAAAAUAAUCAAAUGUCUGACUGCACGGAGAUGCUUGGGACAAUGGGUACAACGGAGGACCAGAGUGUUUGUGUUUCAGGGGAAGAGGGUGGAUCUGAUCUCCAUCACCUAGGACUUGACAUAGGUUAAUCAAAUCUCAAAAUGUUGUCAAUUUUUGCUAAAUCUUGCAUGCUUUCUCAAACAGCUGUAAAUGUAUAUGCAUUCAUAAAUCAGGUCCUUUCUUGAGUUGGUCUCUGGGAUUGUCACGGAUUUUGCCGAGGCUGCCCUUCCUCGUUGCUUGGGCAGGCUUCGGCGUUCGUCGUCACCGGAGAACUAGCUGUGUUCUAUGUUUCUAUGUUCUACCUGUUGUUGUCUGAUUGUUUCACACCUGUUUCCCAUCUUGUAAUUACUCCGUCCCUAUUUAACCCUGUGGCUCCGAUUGUGCUCUGUGCGUGUUUUUUUUUUCUUUUUCGGGUGUCGUUAGUGAGCGGGUUUGUUCCUCCCUGCGUGGAGGUUUUCUUGUUUCUUUACAUGUUCAGUAAAGUUACGUUUUCAUUGAGUUCUGUGUCCUGCGCCUGCCUUCGUCUACCGCAUUUCACUGACACCAUUACAGGGAUGUAACAACAAUUGAGCAACUGGGCUUAUGGUUGAUUGUGGAGGAAAGGGGUUGAGUGUGUAAGAGUAUGUGCGUGUGUGUGUGUGUGUGUGUGUGUGUGUGUGUGUGUGUGUGUGUCCCACAUCUGUUGCAAGGGGGUAAGGAUGUUAGGGAGAAUAUAGGAUGAACCAUAAUAAUGAUUUACUAAAAUAAAAAUUGCUUGACAAAAAUGUAAUGUAAUGCAAUGGCAAUCCGGGUUAUAGGUAAUAAUCCGUCGCAUGAACUGCCAACAUUAUCAUACAUAUUAAUUAAUAAUGAUGGAAAUUAAGAUAUGCAAGAUAUUUGAAUAGAUAUAUAUUUUUAAUAGCUAUAUAUAUAUAUAUACAUAUAGCAAAUUGAGGUGAGAGCAUUGGAAAUGCUUUUGGCGGUUGACCUGCUUCUGUUUUGUGGGUGGCACUGUGUGCUGUUUUCGAAGGAUGGGUCCUGGCCUCUCGGGGGGCCUAGGGAUCCGAGGGGAUGGGGGUGGUCUGCCAAUCACUGGGAUGACAACCCAACUUGGGUUGGGGAGGGGCUUUAGCGGGGGGAAUAGUGGAUAACAAUUGGAGGGUGAAUCAGUAGCAAUGCAAAUAUCAUGGUACAGCUUUAUGGACACUUAAUCACUAUGGUACUUUGUACUGGUAAAUUUACAAACAUGAUAAAUAGAUUUGAAACUUGUAUCUCAUUAUGGUAAGUGGUGAAAUAAGUAUAGCCAGUUAUACAAUAUAUAUAAUAAAGUAUCAACCCUGCAAGCAAUUCAAGACUCUAUUAUUAUGGUGGGAGAUUAUAAUACUGUUUUAAACAGCUCAAUUGACCGUAAUGGAAAUCACACUACAAACUAUCACUGUCAUGCUCUUAACAAAAUCAUGAAUGUCAUGGAUACAUUAGAACUAGUGGAUAUAUGGAGGCUUAAAUAUCCUGACCUAGUGAGAUAUACAUGGCGGAGACUCAAUCAAGCUUGUCGUCUUGACUUAUUUUUUAUGUCAUUCUCAUUGGCACCAAAAGUUAAAAGACUGUUGAUAGGGGACAGAAUGCGGUCGGACCAUAAUAUAAUUGGCAUAUACAUUACUCUUACUGAAUUUCCUCGUGGGCGAGGAGAUAGCAAUAAAAACUAAUAUAUAGGCUCAGAAUAAAUUAGAGGAAAAAAAAUAAAUAAAUGGAGAAACGUAUUCAAAAACGAUCAAGUGUAAUAUAUUAUAAAAAUAAGGCAACCUGGAUGGAAUAUUGGGACAAAUGCACACAAUUAUUUUUGAAUCUUCCACAUAGAAAUGCUACCAAAAAGACAAAUGACGGAGUCACCCAUGAUUCACCAAGUGAUAUUUUGAAGGAGGAAGCAAAGUACUUUAAGCAUAUGUUUUCAUUUCAUUCGCCUCCAUCUCCUCUAACUGAAGGUAAUUGUAGGGAUUCUUUUCUAUUGAUAAUGUAAAAUUAACAGCCAUACAGAAAAACUAAUAUGAAGGUGAAAUUAUAGAGGAGGAACUUCUGGAUGCAAUUAAAUACUUUAAGUCCGGGAAAACUCAAGGGUUGGAUGGCAUACCAGUUGAGGUAUACCAAACCUUUUUUGAUAUACUCAGAAGACCGUUAUUAGCAUGUUUUAACCACUCCUAUGUAAAUGGUAGAUUAUCAGACUCUCAAGAAGAAGGUGUGAUUUAAUUAUUACUGAAACAGGAUACAAGUGGGAAAUAUAAAGAUAUAGUCCAUUAAAAAAAUUGGAGACCCCUUACACUUCAGUGUUGUGAUACAAAAAUUCUAGCAAAAUGUAUAGUGCAUAGAAUUAUAAAGGUAUUGUCAGACAUUAUUCAUUCUAAUCAGACAGGUCUUUUUACAUGGACGAUACAUUGGAGAUAAUAUAAGGCAAGUACUGGAAAUAAUGGAACACUAUGAAAAAUCUGGGAAACAGGCCUGCUAUUAAUAGCUGACUUUGAAAAGGCAUUUGAUAAAGUACGACUGGAGUUUAUAUAUAAAUGCCUGGAGCAUUUCAAUUUUUGAGAAUCUCUUAUAAAAUGGGUUAAAAUCAUGUAUGGUAACCCUAGGUGGAAAAUAGUAAAUAAUGGCUAUUUCUCAGAAAGUUUUAAACUCUCAAGAGGAGUAAAACAAGGUUGUCCACAUUCGGUAUAUCUAUUUAUUAUGGCCAUCGAGAUGUUAGCUAUUAAAAUCAGAUCCAACAAUAAUAUCAAGGGAUUAGAAAUCCAGGGUUUAAAAACAAAGGUGUCACUGUACGCUGAUGAUUCAUGCUUUCUUUUAAAUCCACAACUUGAAUCCCUCCACAGCUUCAUAGAGGAUCUAUAUACAUUUUCUAACCUCUCUGGAUUACAACCAAAUUAUGAAAAAUGUACUAUAUUACGUAUUGGAUCAUUAAAAAAUACAUUUUUUACAUUACAGUGUAGUUUACCAAUAAAAUGGUCUGAUGGUGAUGUGGAUAUACUCGAAAUACAUAUCUCAAAUGAAAUAAAUGAUCUCACUCCAAUACAUUUUAAUAGAAAGUUAGUAAAAAUAGGUAAGAUCUUGCUACCAUGGAAAGUUAAAUACUUGUCUGUUUGUGGAAAAAUCACCCUGAUUAACUCUUUAGUAUUAUCCCAGUUUGCCUAUUUGCUUAUGGUCUUGCCUACGCCUAGCGAAUAGUUUUUUAAUUAUAUGAUAAAAAAAGAUUUAAUUUUAUUUGGAACGGCAAGCCAGACAAAAUUCAACAGGCCUAUUUAUAUAAUGAAUAUGUCACGGUCGUCUAUGUCGUCUAAGUAUGACCAAGGCGCAGCGUGUCCAAGAAACAUGACUUUAUUUGAGUAAAGCACGUAAUACAAAACAAAAGACGACUCAAUGAAGUCCACGGUACACUGACCGAAACGGAACAAAAACCCACAACUCCCACAGGAAAACAUACAGAUAAAUAUGGCUCCCAAUCAGAGAUAACGAGCCGACAGCUGACACUCGUUACCUCCGAUUGGGAGUCAUUGACCAAACCUAGAAAUGAACCCCACAGAAAUGCAAACAUAGAAAUACACCCAAAUACCCAACAAAACAAAAUACACCCUGGCUCAAAUACAAAAGUCCCGGAGCCAGAGUGUCACAGUACCCCCCCCUAAAGGUGCGAACUCCGGGCGCACCAGCAUACAGUCUAGGGGAGGGUCUGGGUGGGCGUCUGUCCACGGUGGCGGUUCUGGCCCUGGUCGUGGUCCCCACCCCACCUUAGUCACUAUCCGCUUCCGUAGCCUCCUCCACAUGACCACCCCCCAACUAAACCCCACUGGAUUAAGGGGCGGCACCGGACUAAAGGGCAGCACCGGACUAAGGGGCAGCACCGGACUAAGGGGCAGUACCGGACUAAGGGGCAGCACCAGGAUAAGGGGCAGCACCGGGCUAAGGGACAGCACCGGACUCAAUGGCGGAUCCUGGCUGGCUGGCUCUGGCGGAUCCUGGCUGGACGGCUCUGGCGGAUCCUGGCUGGACGGCUCAUGGCUGGCUGAAGGAUCUGGCUGCUCAUGGCUGGCCGACGGAUCUGGCUGCUCAUGGCUGGCCGACGGAUCUGGCUGCUCAUGGCUGGCUGAAGGAUCUGGCUGCUCAUGGCUGGCUGACGGAUCUGGCUGCUCAUGGCUGGCUGACGGAUCUGGCUGCUCAUGGCUGGCGGAAGGCUCUGGCUGAUCCUGUCUGGCGGAAGGCUCUGGCUGAUCCUGUCUGGCGGAAGGCUCUAGCGGCUCCGGUCUGGCGGACGGCUCUGAAGGCUCAUGGCAGACGGGCGGCUUUGCAGGCUCAGUCCAGACGGCCAGUUCAAGCGCCUUUGGGCAGACGGGCAGUUCAGGCCCCGUUGGGCAGACGGCAGACUCUGGCCGUCUGAGGCGCACCGUAGGCCUGGUGCGUGGUGCCGGAACUGGAGGUACCGGGCUGAGGACACGCAUCUCAGGGCUAGUGCGGGGAGAAGCAACAGGGCAUGCUGGACCCUGGGAACGCACAUAAAGCCUAGUGCGGGGAGAAGGAACAGGGCAUGCUGGACCCUGGGGACGCACAUAAGGCCUAGUGCGGAGAGCAGCAACAGGACGCACAGGACUCGGGGAACACACAGGAGGCUUGGUGCGUGGUGUAGGCACUGGUGGUACUGGGCUGGAGCGGGGAGGUGGCGCCGGAAAUACCGGACCGUGCAGGCUUACUGGCCCCCUUGAGCACUGAGCCUGCCCAACCUUACCCGGGUUGAUGCUCCCCGUCGCCCGACCAGUACGGGGAGGUGGAAUAACCCGCACCGGCCUAUGUGGGCGAACCGGGAACACCAUGCGUAAGGCUGGUGCCAUGUACGCCGGCCCGAGAAGACGCACUGGUAGCCGGAUGCGUUGGGCCGGCUUCAUGACAUCUGGCUCAACGCUCACUCUAACCCGGCCGAUACGUGGAGCUGGAAUGUACCGAACCGGGCUAUGCCUGCGUACAGGAGACACCAUGCGCUCUACUGCGUAACACGGUGUCUGCCCGUACUCUCGCUCUCCACGGUAAGUCCAGGGAGUAGGCGCAGGUCUCCUACCUGACUUCGCCACACUCCCUUUAAGCCCCCCCCCAAUAAAUUUUUGGGUAGUACCCACGGGCUUCCAGCCUUGACUCCGUGCUGCCUCCUCAUACCGCCUCCUCUCGGCUUUAGCUGCCUCCAGCUCUUCACGAGGGCGGCGAUAUUCUCCCGGUUGUGCCCAAGGACCCUUUCCAGCCAGUAUCUCCCCCCAUGUCCAUGAAUCCUUUGGAGCUGGGUCCUGUUGCCGCUUGACACGCUGCUUGGUCCUAUUAUGGUGGGUUUUUCUGUCACGGUCGUCUAUGUCGUCUAAGUAUGACCAAGGCGCAGCGUGUCCAAGAAACAUGACUUUAUUAAUUAAACGUUAUCGAACUACAAAACAAAAGACGACUCAAUGAAGUCCACGGUACACUGACCGAAACGGAACAAAAACCCACAACUCCCACAGGAAAACAUACAGAUAAAUAUGGCUCCCAAUCAGAGAUAACGAGCCGACAGCUGACACUCGUUACCUCCGAUUGGGAGUCAUUGACCAAACCUAGAAAUGAACCCCACAGAAAUGCAAACAUAGAAAUACACCCAAAUACCCAACAAAACAAAAUACACCCUGGCUCAAAUACAAAAGUCCCGGAGCCAGAGUGUCACAGAAUAUGAAUUCGGAGGACAGAAAUUAUUAAAUAUUAAAGCAUUAGACCUAUCACUAAAAGCUUCAGUCAUACAAAAGUUAUACUUAUAUCCGAACUGGUUCUCUAGCAAAUUAGUAAGAUUGUCUCACCAUGUUCAAGAAUGGCAUUUUUCCCUUUAUUCAGAUUACAACCUCUCACUUUAAGUUAUUUGAAAAGGAAAUAAUCUUCCAAAUAUCACUAUUUCUAAAACAAGCCAUUCAAAGUUGGUUGCAAUCUCUAUUUAAUCCUCCAGAAACGACAGAACAAAUAAUGCAACAAAUAUUGUGGUUAAACUCAAAUAUACGAAUUGAUACACUGUAUAAAAUCAAUGCACCAAAUGUGGAGGUGGACAGAAGGGCGUUAUUGCUGGUUCCACUGUGUAAAGAACAUUGUAUCAUGGUGGGCAACUUUAAUGUUUGGUGUGACCGGCUGUAUGCCAUGGCAAACAUACGUUUCAGGUGGGACGAGUCCAGGACCACCCUGCUGAACGUGAUGGCCACAAAGGGCCUGGUUGAUGUGUGGAGGGAGAGGAAUCCUGCCAAGAGGGAGUACUCCAGGCGGCAGGUCGACACGGGAAAGAUGCGCAAGAGCCGAAUCGACCUGUGCCUCGCGACAAGGGAGAGGACACGCUAG